GCGAGUUGUGUUGUGUCAGAAAAUCUGCGAAGCAGCGACGAGGGUAGUAACAGGAAAAAAGUGAAGGCUGCUGAUGGAAAAAUAGGUGGCAGAUAUUCGUUCCUAUUUUUACCCAUCACGGUUUGUUGUAGUUCCAGAAAAACACUGGCCCCUAUUUGCGUGAUCCCGCGAAGGAUGGUUUAGCAUUCUGGAAAUAGAUUGGCUUUCAUCCUGAUGGUGCGCGAAACCGCGUUCAAGAAAUUUGUUGUUCUUCCGCAGCUUCCCGUGGAAGCUGCAAAAGUUGCGAGUUGGCAAUCCGGACGGAAGCGGACUGAGUGAGUGUUUCAUCCACCAAUGAAGUCGUGUAGAGGCUGCUGAAAUCCCAGUGCCGAGGCAGUUUUCUUCCGCAUUUAAGUUCGCCAACUAGAGAGCUGGAGGAUUUGUUUUUAGUUCGUACUGUUAGUUGAAGGCCAUUGGGAGUGUUGCAAGAGAAAGUUAUCUUGGACCCGUAGUAGUUGAUUAUUGGGUCGCAGCUAAAAAAUGCGAACAUUGAAACGGUUUCAAAGGGCAUUCUGGAUCAAGUAUGUCGUACUGCUGGUGGUUUCGCUAUGGAGCGCGAUUGCGGCGGAACAGGUUCCCUCCGUUCCCACGCACAAUAUGUCCAGCAAAGAGCAAAAUGAGCUCAAGGAGGAAGCCAAAGAAAUGUUCUACCACGCCUACAGGGCCUACAUGGAUAAAGCCUACCCCGCGGACGAGUUGAUGCCACUGAGCUGCACCGGACGGUAUCGAGGCGUUACGCCCUCGCGAGGAGACCUUGACGAUGUUCUGGGGAACUUCUCCAUGACACUGGUCGACACGCUAGACACGCUAGUCAUUUUGGGAGAUUUGGAGGAGUUUGAACGAGCCGUGAAGCUGGUGAUAAAGGAUGUCAAGUUCGAUAACGAUAUUAUUGUAUCCGUAUUUGAAACCAACAUUAGAAUGAUUGGAGGUUUACUGUCAGCUCACAUUCUAGCUGAGUACAUCCAAAAGCAGGCAGAUGUAAUGAUGUGGUACCGUGGCGAGAUGCUCGAGAUGGCCAAAGAUUUAGGUUAUCGAUUACUACCAGCUUUUAAUACAUCAACGGGGAUACCACACGCGCGAGUAAACCUCAAACAUGGUAUAAAAGUAGAAGCCUUGCGUCAUUCGAGGGAAACUUGCACGGCAUGUGCAGGGACGAUACUGCUGGAGUUUGCUGCCCUAUCCAGAUUGAGCGGAGAACCAAUUUUUGAGAUUAAAGCGCACACUGCCAUGGAUGCCUUAUGGAAAAUGCGACAUCGAAGCUCGGAUCUAAUGGGGACGGUAUUAAACGUACAUUCCGGGGAUUGGAUCCGACGAGAAUCUGGGGUUGGCGCAGGAAUUGAUUCCUACUAUGAGUAUUGCCUUAAAUCCUACAUUCUGCUCGGUGAUGAACGUUAUCUGGCGCGGUUCAAUCGUCACUAUAAUGCCAUCAUGAAAUACAUCAGCCAAGGACCGAUGCUGUUAGAUGUGCAAAUGCAUCGACCACAUACUAAGACGAGGAAUUUUAUGGAUGCUUUGCUGGCUUUCUGGCCCGGGCUGCAAGUGCUGUCUGGUGAUUUGAAACCAGCCGUACAGACGCACGAAAUGCUGUAUCAAGUAAUGCAGAUGCAUACCUUCAUUCCUGAAGCCUUCACUUACGAUUUUCAGGUUCACUGGGGUCAGCACCACUUGAGGCCGGAAUUCAUCGAAUCAACAUAUUUCCUGUACCGCGCGACGGGUGACCAUUACUAUUUGCAGGUCGGCAAAAAGGCGCUAAAAGCGCUACAGAAGCAUGCGAGAGUUCCUUGCGGAUAUGCCGCAGUAAACGAUGUACGUACGGGUAAACACGAAGAUCGAAUGGACUCCUAUGUGCUAUCGGAGACGUUUAAAUAUUUGUACUUGCUGUUCUCUGACCCCUCGGAUUUGCUGUUAAACAUUGAGAACUUUAUCUUUACUACUGAAGCACAUCUGCUGCCACUCACGCUGGGCCAAUUGGGAAAUCAUACCUUCAAUAUCAAAGACCACGAAGAAGGCCACAUGCUAGAUUUUAUGCGGUCUUGCCCUAGUCCAAACAAGUUAUUUCCUGAAACGGUUAGACGUCCCCUUAGAGACCUGGUUACAGGAGUAUGCCCGCGUAUAUCGAGUGCCAAAAGACUUAGAGCGGCUGACUUUCAGGCAAGCAAUGCAGAUCAUCUACGCACAGUUUAUGACAUGGGUAUUACGAUGGUUUCUCUAGGCGAGGGCAAAGUACAGCUAUUACAUACAUUCUACAACGCAAAAUCACCCGAAGAAGCCGAACGUGGACUCAUUUUCAUGCAGGAAAUGGUCGAACUGUCCAAAUCAAACACAAUUCCAAAAACUCAACUACAAGCUGUAUCAUUCCGAAGGCCCAGCGAAGAGCCGCAGAUUCUGAAGGCAGGACCAAGCCAUUUUGGACCUGAACUAACCGGCGAUAUGAUGAUUUCCCAGAGAGGGGUGUUUGUUAGUCCAUCCAAAGUGUGUACAAGUCUCAAAAACAGCCGUGAGUUGAACGGUAAGAUUGCAAUCGUUGAGCGAGGUGAUUGCACGUUCGUGGACAAAGCACGCAGGGUACAAGCGGGAGGUGCGAUGGCUGCCAUCGUUUACGACAAUACACCAAACACCUCAAUCGACAAUCAGCAAAUGUUUGCGAUGUCUGGUGAUGGGACAGAUGAUGUAAAAAUUCCAGUGGUGUUUUUGUUCACCAAGGAAGCGGAAGUGUUAAUUGCUGCCAUAAAAGGUGAUCCAGACCUUGAGAUUACACUAAGGCCACUGAUGGACUCGACGGAUGAUCAUGUGCCUCCGGCCGAAUCCAAGCAAUUCCUGGGACAAAGAUCAACCAAGACUGAAUCAACGGAGACCUCUAACAGCGGAUCGAAAACGGCGCCAUAAUAGUAAAGUUUCCAACCUUUCACUAGAGUGGGCUAGUUUAUAAUCGAGAUUUCGGUAAUUUUUGUCCGAAACCGAAUACAAAUGCGACGUGUGAAAUCUAGAGUUUGUGUGAGAUGCAUAGUUUGGGCGUUUUAAAUACAAGUUACAAUUCUCUUCAAAGUGAUAUAUUUGUUGACAGAGUAAAAGUGCGAUGUGAUGCAAGUUGUUUGGAGAUGAUAAUGCUUAGUUAAGAGUAGUGUACAAUAUUUUUUAUCAUAAGUAAGCAUAGAAAAUGGGUAAACGAUUUGUUACAACUAAUAGCUAAGCCAUUACGAAGGGAUUGUGCUGAGCAACAUAUCAAUUGGUUGGCUGAUUUACCGUUUCACACAAGAGGUAGAAACGUGAGAACUGCCGGACAAGAUAAGGUGAUCGAUGUAUAAAAGAUUAGUUGUAAAUAGUCUACCUUAAUUCGAGAAAACGAAGAUAGAAUAAGACUAGAAUGGCUGGAGUACUACAAUGUAAUUCCAAACGAUUCUUGCAAUUAUUUAUUCAACUAAGUGAAACGAUUCCAUGGUCAGCAGAUGGCUAUACAAGUGUACAUAAACAAAGGCAUUGAUUAGGUUGCUAUUUUUCAAAAUGUUUCCUUCGGCAUCGAUAGCAAUCACUAGUUAGUCACAAUCAAGAUGCAAUAUGAUAAUGAAUUUAAGUGAAAAAAUUAGCGAAAAUAGUUGUGAAUAAAAAAUAAUUGCCUAUUAGCAGUAAGCGAUUUCUUAUAACACUGUUCUAGUUUUGUAAAUAA